AAACUCAAAGAAACACGAACGAAACAUCUAUUGGUUGGCCGAGGUUGAGGGGUUUUUGUAUCAUUGGUUAAGUUCGGCGACUACCGGUGCCGGUAAUUCCCUUUUGAUUCGACUUACACACAGUUUCGGUCGAUUAACAGAAUGUUCUUCAAAGGACUUAUAUAUAUGACGAUCUUUUAUUCAGCAAACAUUUUAUGUAGCCAAGAUAUAGAUGUGAAGACAGAAGAAGAUGUGGGCGUAAAGUAUGCCAAUCGAUGUGAAGUAUGCAAAGUACUAGCAACAGAACUUCAAGGGAGACUUGAAGAAACCGGCAGAGUGCGCGACGUUAUUGAAAUUGGAUAUUCGUUAGAUGAUGUUCAGCCAAAGAAGAAAACUAAGUACGAAAAAUCAGAAUUGAGGCUUAUCGAAUCUCUAGAGGGAGUGUGCGAGAGGAUUCUAGAAUACAAUAUACACAAAGAGAGGCAAGACAGCACUCGGUUUGCUAAAGGUAUGAGCCAAACAUUUAAAACUCUUCAUGGACUUGUAGACAAGGGGGUUAAAGUGGAUCUUGGGAUACCAUAUGAACUGUGGGAUAAGCCCUCGGCAGAAAUUACUCACAUGAAAACUCAAUGUGAGAGCCUUUUAGAAGAGAAUGAAUCUGCUAUUGAAGAGUGGUAUUGGAAUCAUCAAGGUGAGACAGAUUUAAAACAUUUCCUUUGUACAAAGAAUGCUUUGAGGAAUACAGAUGACUCUUGUUUAUUUGAAAAAAUAGAAUCUAAAUCCAAAGGAGAAAAAGGAAAUAAUUAUAAGUCUGAACUCUAACUUUGUUUAAGUUUAAUUGCAACUUUGAUCAAAUAGAUUACUUGAUAGUACUGUGAUAAGUGAACAUCUAGAAAUAAUUUUGUUAACAGACUUCCUUAAUAUUAUGUAUUAAAUAAGCUUGUCAAUGAAUCUAUUUUAUUGUAAUUAUUAACUUAAGUACACACUUGAGUAAUGUUAAAGAUUAAUAUGAAAUUAAUGAAAGGUUACUCUUGAUGUUUGUGAAAAACUCUGUUUUUAGUAAAUAAUUUUUGAAUAUUGUGUAUUCUUUUUAAUUCAAUCAAGUCUUUAUAUAAUGUAUAUUCUUUUCUAAUUAUCUAUAGAUUAAGUACAAAAU